GUGCAGUGAGUGGCAGCAGUGUGCAGUGAGUGACAGCAGGGGCAGGUCCACCCCGUGGCAUCCCUGGUCGCUCCUCAGUCUCAGCCUCCACAGCGCGCCAUGUGACUGCCGGGACUGGAGUGUGUAAUUUCCUCAGCUCCAUACACAGCUACCUGACCCGAAUACUAAGCAGCACUCAGCUGACAGAGACGGCGGAGAGCGGGGACACAUCCACUCAGCCAUGGAGAUCAAGGACCAAGGGGCACAGAUGGAGCCAUUGCUGCCAACGAGAAACGAUGAAGAAGCAGUAGUAGACAGAGGAGGAACACGCUCGCUUCUCAAAACCCAAUUAGAGAAAGAAGAUUUAGAAGGUCAUCGCACGUUGUUCAUUGGAGUUCAUGUACCUCUUGGAGGCCGUAAAAGUCAUCGUCGUCACAGUCACCGACAUCGUGGACACAAACACAGAAAAAGAGACCGGGAACGGGAUUCAGGUCUAGAAGAUGGGCGGGACUCUCCUACAUAUGAUACUCCAUCUCAGAGGGUCCAGUUCAUCCUGGGAACAGAAGAUGAUGAUGAAGAACAUAUUCCCCAUGAUCUAUUCACAGAGCUGGAUGAAAUUUGCUUACGUGAGGGUGACGACGCUGAAUGGAGAGAGAUGGCCAGAUGGUUGAAGUUUGAAGAAGACGUCGAAGAUGGUGGAGAGAGGUGGAGCAAGCCCUAUGUAGCCACAUUGUCUCUUCAUAGCUUGUUUGAGUUGAGAAGUUGUAUCCUCCACGGAACUGUCUUAUUGGACAUGAGAGCCAACACAUUAGAAGAAAUUGCAGAUAUGAUUCUGGAUCAGCAAGUGGCAUCUGGGCAGCUCAGUGAAGACGUCCGUCAUAGAGUCCACGAAGCUCUUCUUAAAAGGCACUAUCACCAAAACCAAAAGAAGCUCAGCAACAGAAUCCCUAUUGUGCGCUCAUUUGCUGACAUUGGCAAGAAACAGUCAGAGCCCCACUCCAUGGACAAAAAUGCAGGUCAGCUUGUGUCUCCGCAGUCUGCUCCUUCUUGCAUUGAACAUAAGAAUGACGUCAGCAGAGAAAACAGCACUUUAGAUGUUACCAAGUUUGAUUUGCAUUUCAUGAAAAAGAUCCCCCCCGGAGCGGAGGCAUCAAACAUCUUAGUUGGUGAACUGGAAUUCUUAGACCGCGCUGUAGUUGCUUUUGUUCGGCUUUCUCCUGCUGUCUUGCUUUCUGGUCUUACAGAAGUCCCCAUUCCAUCAAGAUUUUUGUUCAUACUUCUGGGGCCACUAGGAAAGGGACAGCAGUAUCAUGAGAUUGGACGGUCAAUAGCCACAUUGAUGACAGACGAGGUAUUUCAUGAUGUUGCGUACAAAGCUAAAGAUCGUAAUGAUUUGGUGUCUGGAGUAGAUGAAUUUCUUGACCAAGUUACAGUUCUGCCUCCAGGGGAAUGGGACCCAUCAAUCCGCAUUGAACCACCAAAAAGCGUCCCAUCACAAGAAAAGAGAAAAACUCCAGGUGUGCCUAAUGGUACAGCAGCAUUAGGGGAGGCAGAAGAACAUGAGGGUCACAGCGGCCCUGAGCUACAAAGGACUGGAAGGCUGUUUGGGGGCUUGGUCUUAGAUGUCAAGAGGAAAGUUCCGUUCUUCUUGAGUGACUUCAGGGAUGCUUUUAGCCUGCAAUGUUUAGCUUCAUUUCUGUUCCUGUACUGUGCAUGCAUGUCUCCUGUUAUCACAUUCGGUGGUCUUCUCGGAGAGGCAACUGAAGGUCGUAUAAGUGCAAUAGAAUCUUUGUUUGGAGCCUCAAUGACCGGGAUAGCAUUUUCCCUGUUUGGUGGACAACCUCUUACCAUUCUGGGAAGUACAGGACCGGUGUUGGUGUUUGAAAAGAUUUUGUUUAAGUUUUGCAAGGAAUAUGGGCUGUCGUACCUCUCGCUAAGAGCGAGCAUAGGUCUGUGGACGGCUUUUAAUUGUAUUGUCCUGGUGGCCACUGAUGCAAGUUCCCUGGUGUGUUACAUUACACGGUUUACUGAGGAAGCAUUUGCGGCUCUCAUCUGCAUCAUUUUCAUUUAUGAGGCCUUAGAAAAGCUGUUUCAACUAGGUGAGAAACAUCCAAUCAACAUGAAUAAUAAUUUGGAACUUCUUACGCAGUAUUCGUGCAGUUGUGCGGAGCCCACUAACCCUACUAAUGAAACUAUGAAAUAUUGGGGUGAAGCCAAUAUAACCACAUCAGAGAUAACUUGGAAUAACCUGACUGUUAGUGAAUGCCAUGAAUAUAAAGGAGUUUUUGUGGGUAGAGCCUGUGGACAUGAAGGUCCAUAUGUACCCGACGUCCUGUUCUGGUCAAUCAUCUUAUUCUUCUCCACCGUUACACUGUCCUCAACCCUGAAACAAUUCAAAACCAGCAGAUAUUUUCCAACAAAGGUCCGGUCCAUUAUCAGUGACUUUGCCGUGUUUCUUACCAUAAUGACAAUGGUUCUGAUAGAUUAUGGCCUGGGAAUUCCAUCACCGAAGCUUCAGGUUCCCAGUGAUUUCAAGCCCACUAGAGAUGAUCGAGGCUGGAUUGUUAAUCCCCUAGGACCAAACCCUUGGUGGACAGUACUCGCUGCUGUUAUUCCCUCACUACUUUGCACCAUUUUGAUCUUUAUGGACCAACAAAUCACAGCUGUCAUUAUCAACAGAAAAGAACACAAGUUGAAGAAAGGCUGUGGGUACCAUCUUGACCUUCUCAUGGUUGGAGUCAUGCUUGGUGUGUGCUCUAUUAUGGGAUUGCCCUGGUUCGUUGCUGCCACUGUCCUGUCUAUAACACAUGUCAACAGUCUGAAACUGGAAUCUGAGUGCUCCGCUCCCGGAGAACAGCCAAAGUUUUUAGGAAUUCGGGAACAAAGGGUUACAGGACUCAUGAUCUUUGUUCUUAUGGGGUCAUCCGUUUUUAUGACAAGGGUUCUUCAGUUUAUUCCUAUGCCUGUUCUUUAUGGCGUCUUUCUUUAUAUGGGUGCUUCGUCACUAAAGGGAAUUCAGUUCUUUGAUCGUAUCUUGUUGUUCUGGAUGCCAGCAAAACAUCAGCCAGACUUCAUCUACCUGAGACAUGUUCCCCUGCGGAAGGUCCACCUCUUCACCGUGUUGCAGCUGACUUGUCUCGUACUCCUCUGGGUCAUCAAAGCAUCUCGGGCAGCCAUUGUGUUUCCUAUGAUGGUCUUGGCAUUGGUGUUUGUACGGAAACUAAUGGACUUUUUCUUUACGAAACGGGAAUUGAGUUGGUUAGAUGAUUUAAUGCCUGAAAGUAAGAAAAAGAAGUUGGAAGAUGCAGAAAAAGAGGAAGAACAGAGUAUGCUUGUGCUGGAAGAGGAAGGAGCUGUUCAAUUACCAAUGGAAGGGAAUUGCAGAGAGGACCCCUCAGUAAUAAACAUUUCUGAUGAAAUGGCAAAAACCUCUGUGUGGAAGACUCUGCUAAUAACCUCAGAAAAUGCAAAGACUAAGGAAUCAAGCUUUUCUUCUAAAAGCUCCCCUUCAUAAUCACUGUAGAAGCUGAUCCCUAAAGUUCUGAAAGCAAGACAGAGAAGAAAGCUGCCUCAGGGAAAGGUGUCGACAGGGAGACAUGUCUCUGACUUGCUCUUCAGUCUAUUUUUACAAGGAAAAUUUCAAGAAUAUACUUGUCGCUCUACGUGGGUUCUUUACACUGUAAAUCUUCACAUCCAUUAGCAGCGCAAUAUAUAGCAGUGCAAUAUUUAAUUUUAUUUUUUUAAAUAAAUGUAUUAGCUCACUUGCUGACAGACAGGGAGAGGGGGAAAAUUCAUUCCGGUAACUUUUUCUUUUAAGAAACUGCAAUAUGGAUCUUAUUGUUUCUUUAUUCCUCUGUGUAACACUUAGGCUUGUUCUAAUUUUUUUUACAUUGUUGUUAUCAUCCAUAUCAAAGUCCAUGAACGUUUUCUGUGUGACGCCUAAACACGGCGCAGGCAGAUAUUUUAUGGAUGUAGGCUACAAAGGAACCAAUCAAAACACUUCUGAACAGUGACAUCACCAAGGAACGAAACAGUUGGCUUAUAGACGUCUUUAUUUUCUCUUUCACAUUGUCAUGAAUCUUACGUCCAAUAAAAUGUCUGCCUCGA